UUUUGGGCUACAACUCCCAGCGCUUUUGACUGCUGACACUGCCGGCUGGGGACUAAAGUCUAUGAUGCCGUAUCAGGCAGGGUGCUGCCCAGACCACAGACCGCGCUGCCUGGACCAGCAUUCUGCCUUGCUAAGCAGGAUGUCUUGUUCCAGCCCCUUGAAGCUAGUGCUAUUUCCCCGUCUGCCCUGUUCAGCUGCACCUGCUGUGCGGUUCUGCCGUAAGGCUCGUCUUUUCUAGGGAGGGCCCAUAUUUUGUACUAUUUUUGAAGACACAGGUGUCACCUUCAUGGGUUUGUGUGCAUGGGUGAUCCUUCCGGGGAAGGCAGGCAUCAUUCGUCUGCAGGGCUGCCAAAGGCCCCUCUAGAGCGUUUGCCAUGUAGGGUAGUAAAGCAGCCAGGGAUGUUCCUCUAUUAGCCAAAUUCUUUGCUAGAUCUUGUGCCACACGGUAGGAAAUGGAUUGGGAAACAGCAAAGAAAAAUGAGAUACUUAGUGAAAAUUUGGGCUGCUGUUUUUCUGGGUGAGAUGCCAAGAAGUUCAGCUCUGGUGCUUAGAUGCUCACUGUGGCAAGCAACCUCUGAGCAACUUGGCCAGCUGAUUCUGGGGACGUUCUGAGUUUGGCUUCCUGUUCUGUUCCCAUUACUCCCUCACUAGGGCUUGCAAAGAAAGGUGGUAUGUCCCAGAACUUUGGGCUGCGUGGGAACACCAUUUUCUGCUCGAGGGUGUCAAGCUGCACCCUGAUUCCUGAGAGCAGAGGAAAGGUGGGCGCUUGCCCAAAAGGGGGCAGAGGACCAGCUAACACGGAAGGAUGAACUCCAUCCAGGAGCUUCAUCCCCAGUCAGGAGGGGCAACGGUAGAAGUCGAUGGCGUGUCGUGGAAUACGUGCUGGGAGCAAGCUGCUGGGUGGAGGAGUCCAAUCGCUCUGCAGAGCCCAGGCUGGGAAGGCUGACCUGACCAUUGUGAGAGGCAGACCAUGGCGUGGUGUGCCCAGUGGGAGGUUUCUGGGCGCAUGGAUUGAAACUGGACUCGAGGAAAGAGGUGUUGGGCAGGCAGCCGCAACUUCCUAAAUCAUCAGUUUGUAUAGGGUUAAAAACAGACGUGGCAUUUACGGAAUCCCAGGGUGAACAUCAAAAGAUGCUGCAGAAGAAAAGCAGACGCCGAGUGGCCAGUGCUGAGAGGGAUGGGGAAGGAGGGAGGCAGCCCAUGCUCGAGGAUGAGACUGGUGGCUUCUCACGUUGUCAUGUUCCCAGAAGGUGUCGUCUCCUCCCCAGCUCUUUGUUCGCUCUCUAACUAGCAGGAGAUCCGUUGCUCCGUCCUCCUCUCCUCACACCCUCUUCUUGGGCUGUCAGCGUAUGUUCAGAGAGUCAUCGGUUCUGCCGUAUGCUGGCAUCUGUAGAUGCUGGUCUUGGCUUGUUCUCCUGGAGGUGGCACAUCCUUGUGCCAUCUGGCUCAGUGACGCUCUUGGGCUGGGAGAGAGGGGGCCUCUCCGUUUUGGACGUGUGCAACUGUUUUCAGCCAGCUCCUAAUCCCAUGCUGCUUUCUACUAACUUAGAAGCAGAAGCAAUGUUAGCAAUGUCUUUCCCAAUGUUAGCAAGGGUCUCGGAGUCAGUGUUCUUUGCAUAAGACAGCCUUCCCCAACACGGGGUCUUCGCAGUGUGUUUGUUUGCAGCUUCCAUCACCUCAAGCCACCUGGCUGGCAUGAUGGGACGUGUAGUCCAUCAUGCCAGAAUGGCUCCCAGUUUAGGAAGACUGGCAUAAGAUAUGCAAGCUAGCUCAGUAGCAAUUAAUGGAGGAACACACAGUGACCCAGACAGAGCACAUGGCCACCAUAGAGGCCCACGCCGUGGCCCAGCAGGUGCAGCAGGUCCACGUGGCCACAUACACAGAGCACAGCAUGCUCAGUGCUGAUGAGGACUCGCCGUCUUCCCCUGAGGACACCUCCUACGAUGACUCCGACAUUCUCAACUCCACGGCUACGGAUGAGGUGACUGCCCACCUGGCUGCUGCAGGCCCCGUGGGGAUGGCGGCUGCGGCAGCGGUGGCAACGGGGAAAAAAAGGAAGCGGCCUCACGUUUUUGAGUCCAACCCCUCGAUCCGCAAGAGGCAGCAGACGCGGUUAUUGCGGAAGCUUCGUGCCACGCUGGACGAAUACACCACCCGCGUCGGGCAGCAGGCCAUUGUUCUGUGCAUCUCACCCUCCAAACCCAACCCCGUCUUCAAAGUGUUCGGCGCGGCGCCACUGGAGAAUGUGGUGCGCAAGUACAAGAGCAUGAUCCUGGAAGAUUUGGAGUCGGCACUCUUGGAACACGCACCUGCGCCACAAGAGGUUAACUCAGAAUUGCCGCCUCUCACCAUAGAUGGUAUUCCAGUCUCUGUGGACAAGAUGACCCAGGCGCAGCUGCGGGCCUUCAUCCCUGAAAUGCUGAAGUACUCGACGGGGCGUGGGAAGCCCGGCUGGGGGAAGGAGAGCUGCAAGCCCGUCUGGUGGCCUGAGGACAUCCCCUGGGCCAACGUUCGCAGUGACGUCCGCACAGAGGAGCAGAAGCAGAGGGUAUCUUGGACUCAGGCACUGAGGACCAUUGUCAAGAACUGCUACAAGCAGCACGGCCGGGAAGACCUGCUCUACGCAUUUGAGGAUCAGCAGACGCAGCCGGCGACAGCCACACACAGUAUAGCACAUCUGGUUCCGUCCCAAACUGUGGUCCAGACCUUCAGCAACCCCGACGGCACAGUCUCGCUCAUCCAGGUGGGCACAGGGGCGACAGUGGCCACCUUAGCAGAUGCCUCCGAAUUGCCUACCACAGUUACGGUCGCACAGGUCAACUACUCCGCGGUAACUGAUGGAGAGGUGGAGCAGAACUGGGCGACUCUACAAGGCGGGGAGAUGACAAUCCAAACCACACAGGCCUCAGAAGCCACGCAGGCAGUGGCGUCCUUGGCAGAAGCGGCCGUGGCGGCAUCGCAGGAGAUGCAGCAAGGGGCCACGGUCACGAUGGCGCUCAACAGCGAAGCCGCUGCCCAUGCCGUCGCCACGCUUGCGGAAGCCACCCUGCAAGGCGGAGGGCAGAUCGUCUUGUCCGGUGAAACCGCAGCCGCCGUCGGGGCACUCACCGGGGUGCAAGAUGCAAACGGGCUCGUCCAGAUUCCCGUGAGCAUGUACCAGACGGUGGUCACCAGCCUCGCACAGGGGAACGGCCCCGUUCAGGUGGCCAUGGCGCCCGUGGCCGCCCGGAUAACAGACAGCACCGUCACCAUGGACGGCCAGGCGGUGGAAGUCGUGACGCUGGAGCAGUGAUGGCGGCAGCGCGGCCGAUCUUGAGACUGUGUCUCCCUCCUUCCUUGUACGAAAAAGAAAAAUCCGAUGCCUCUCGGAGGCGUGAUCAGGUGGCAUUUUGAGUCUCGCAGCUUUGGAAGCAAAAAGUUUGAUAACAAAAAGGAAAAAAUAGCGCGGAAGGGUGCGUGCCGGAACCUUCUUUGCACCCCUCCGACCUUGCGGGAGAGUGCAAAGGCCUGUCUGGGCAGGUUAAGCUCAGCCUUCCUCUUACCUUGCCUGGACCACCCUGAUGUGAAGCCAGGGCGAGAUGGGAAGAGGUAUGCAGCCCUCUUUUUCUGGGGGUGGGGCUCCCCACCGACUUUCACUGCCCCACUCCUGCGGCGGCUCACAGCACCAGGCUCUUCAGCUGUCCUCGUGGCGAGAAUUAGGUGUCAUUGAACAUGGUCGUAAAUUUGAAGGGGGGCGGGUCUGAAGGACUUUUUUUCUUGAGGUGGUGUGGACGGGACAAGAACCUCCUGGAAGAGAGCGGGGGGCCACGAUCCGCCGGGUCCGAAUCCCCACCAGCACCGGAGGGGCCUGCCUUCCGUGGUUCUCCGGGGACGUGUUGGAGCAGCUCUCGUUCCGCUCCCUCCUCUUCUCGAGUCCACGCUUGAAUCCCUGCUGCGUGCACACGCACACGCACGCCUCCCCGUUCCCCUGCGAUGAAUUUUUGCUUGCGUCUUACAGCCCUUCUCCUUCGCAGUGGCAGGUUCAGAAAGGCGUGGGGAGCCACACACGGUGGGCUCAGGGGCCGUUAUGAAGGGACACAGGACUAGCAUGCAUGGCCGUUUCUGCCCGCUGUCCCCGUUUGUGCUGGGAUCGAUCUCUGUGGCUGAGGCACGGGCCUUGGGCGAUUGGUGGCAGGCGUGGGAAGGCACAGGCUGGGCCCCCUCCCUCUGCCCCCCGGCACUUCUUGGUCCAAGGUGCUCCUCCCCGGAGCUUCCAGCUCCACGUCCGGCACCCUCCUUUCAUCCGCAGUACCUAGCAUCCCUGAACCGCAGCUACACCUUGGCAGAAAACCGCUAAAAGAACCUCCCUGUCCCCGGCUUCUUCCCGCAGGGACCACCCCAGCCCUGCCGCCCUUCCCAGUGGAGCUGCUCCUGGAGUCCUCCGGCGUCUUUGCCGGCGGCUCACCGCUGGCCGCUGCCUGGCUGCAGGUGGGCACCCGCCCCAGCCUGCAGGAGGACGAAGGACAGGUGCCGCGAGCGAGGCAGAGCUCCGGCAGGGACUGCGCCCGGCAGGUGCAGGCAGCAGCCCGGGGUGGUGUGUGAAGGGCCCGCUGGCUUGAUGGGACAACCUGUCCUGAGUCAUUCCUGGAAACUGGUUUUUGCUUGGUCAGGACUUUCUGCUGCCCCCACAGUAAGCAAAAUGGCUGUUCCUUUACAGAUGAAUUCUGCCUCUUUUUCCCUGGAAGAGCACACAGUAUUUAAUUUUGUUCUCAUUUUAUUUUACACGUGAUGUCACAUACCAAACCUCUCCAUCGCCAUCUCAGCCUUUGAAGGCAAGAUUUUUUUUUCAUUCUUUUUCCCCAGAUUUCUGCAUUUACUUGGCUUUUUUAAAAAAAGAGAAAUCUCAACCGUUGUUUGUAUGCUUUCUUCCUUCGCUGGACUUAAAUUGCGGGGAGGGAAUCCUUCCCACAGAAACAAAACCCAGGUCUCUGAUUUAAUUUUUUAAUUUUUAAAUAUUUUUUUAUUGUCGUUGUGAAGAUGUCAGGUGUGACUUGAAGGUCGGUGUUCCUUUUUUGGCAACAGAAUAACGUUCUGAUAGACUGAUAAAUUUAUUCCCGAGACCCAAAGAAAACAAUCCUUGUUUCCACCCCAGCCCCUAGCAGAGCAUGGAAGUACCUCUUGUUUUCCCAAUUCUGUCUAUUGCCUCAGUCAAUAAAUUGUUACAGACGUGUCUAUAAAA